AUGGCCUCAGGGAGGGAGUGGAGCUGCCCCAUCUGCUGCAAUGCCCUGGAUAACGUUGCCUACUCGAUGCCCUGUCGCCACCAGUUCUGUCUGGGCUGCAUAAUGCGCUGGCUGCGAGGGAACCGCGCCUGCCCACUCUGCAGAAGACCAAUCUCCACCAUCAGCUUCUCGGAGCAGGAGGGAAACUGCCUGCACUGUGUCACCAGACUCUCCAGAGAGCCACCCGAGGCCAGCAGCAGCCAGGCAGGGAGUGUAAACACCCAUGGUCCUGGGCAGGGGCCUGCAGGGCCAGAGGCUGUGGGUGGCAUCCUGCCUGAGCUCUGGGCAGAGCUUUUCCGGAGGCGAUGGACCCUCUUGGAUCCCGUGCGGUCCUGGCUGCAGCAGAGGCUGGAGAAGAUAUACAGGGACAAGUGGUGGCAGGUAAAGACUGCAGAAAGCAGUGUCCUGCUCGCCCUCUGCAUCUUCGGGCCGAACAGGGAUGGGCUGGUGCAGAGGCUGCAGCCUCGCCUUCAGGAACACACCGCCCCGCUGAUCCACGGCAUCCUCAGCAUCAUUGAGACCCAGUGCAGCCAGGAGGUCUGGAGGCUGCGCCACUCCCAUGCUGCCAGGGAGGAGGAUGAGAGCCCUGGGGACAGCUCUGUCUUCCAGGGGUGCGCUCCCACCUCCAGUGGCCCCCCACAUUCCAGGGUCGAGGAGGUAGCCAGCAUGUCAGAGGAUGCUCUCCAGGGGAGUCCCAUCUGGCCCCCAUCUGCACCUGUUCCUGCUGAGUGGGAGCAGCCCUAG